GUUCCGCUCUCCAGUCUCCACGAUCACUAGCACCCAGCCACGAGAGAGAAGAAAUUUUUCUAUAAUGGCCUCUCUCGCGAGAAAGUUCGCACCUCUGGCUGACCGUAUCUUGGUCAGGCGACUGGUAGCAAAAACGCAGACAGCCGGUGGAGUCUAUCUUCCCGACAGUAAGCUUGGCAAGACGAAUGAGGGCGAGGUUGUUGCGGUUGGGCCAGGUCGUGUGACCGGGUCUGGAACAAAGAUUGAAGUGAAUGUAAAGGUUGGGGAAACUGUGCUUCUGCCGGAGUACGGCGGGACGACCUUGACACUGGGAGAUGAGGAGCUCAGCUUGUUCCGCGAUGAGGACAUCCUCGGCAAAUUUCAGCAGUAGUACCGUGCCAGAGGAGGAAGCUAAACGUCCGUACGGGCGUGGAGAAUGAGCAAGCUUCGCCCAUCGUGCAUAGAAAGGGGUUUCUUUGGCCCCGGCAGAUGGCGCACGGUAUCCGUCACGCCGAUCGGCCGUGUUCGCGGAUGUUUUGACUCGCUCAAGUCGAUUCAAGCGAAGGAAAAGGAUGGUCUCAGUUUUGUCAAGAAGGGAGUCGGGGUCUGCGAAUACGUGGCACUGAAGUAACGGGGGGUUGGUUUUGCUAUGGUUGUCAUGAGGCAGGAGGAAGGUCUCUUGCUGGUUGUAUUUUUGCGACCAGUAAAAGCAGAAGCAAAACUGCCGUACGGGCGUGUGACCUGUCGCCAUACACCGUAUGGGGUUUCAAGCCAGACUUCGUCAAGCCUGAUGUUCAAUAUUAAAUGAACACCAUCAAAGCAUUGUGCUACACACUGCUGUCCCGUAUGACGUUCAACCCAACAUGCAAGGGGAUACACCCUCUCUGAGCGAUACACUUUUUGGACCGAGCAGGCAGCACGAGGUCGUUGACUGACGGAGGGUAUACAUAUACACCGCCGCACCGUCAUUUGUGGAAAGGAUGGAGCACGUCCUGUUUGGGACAAC